UACACAACCAAACCAACAAUCAAUCACACUGCUUUUUCAGUACUAAGUUUCUAACUACAAAAUCCACCUUUCCAUAUUUUCCAUUUCAACAUCUCUGCGACUUUUCAGAAAGCUCUCGACUAACACUAGUCUACUACUACUUAGAUAAAACUGUGUCCUACCUACAAAUGGAUGGUUUUUGUCCUUACUACGUCGACCCACAAACUUGUGGCGCCUCCUCCGAGGUACCGGAAUCUUCGUCCGCUUCCGACAACAGCAGUGCUCGCCCUGUAUCCGUGAACUUUUCGGACGAGGAGCUCCUGCUGGCGUCCACUUAUCCCAAGAAGCGGGCCGGUCGGAAGAAGUUCAAGGAGACUCGGCACCCCGUGUACCGCGGUGUCAGGAGAAGGAACUCCGGGAAGUGGGUUUGCGAGGUGCGGGAGCCCAACAAGAAGACCAGGAUUUGGCUCGGGACUUUCCCCACAGCCGAAAUGGCAGCGCGAGCUCAUGACGUGGCGGCCAUCAAGCUCAGAGGUCGGUCUGCUUGCUUGAACUUUGCCGACUCCGCGUGGCGGCUGCCUGUCCCGGCUUCAGCAAACGCCAAGGAUAUUCAAACCACAGCUUCCGAGGCUGCUGAGGCGUUUCGGCCACCUGCGGAGGGGUCGGUUGAGGUUUCUGGAGCUUCGGCGGUGGCCGCGUCAGAAAGCAAGUCAGCAUCGGAACAAGUGUUUUAUAUGGAUGAGGAGGCUGUUUUUGGGAUGCCAGGACUCCUCGCAAAUAUGGCCGAAGGGAUGCUGUUGUCUCCACCUCUUUACACCGAGGAUGACGAUGACGUGGAAUUUUAUGCUGACGUGCCACUAUGGAGUUAUUCGAUUUAAUUUACUUAAUAGUUUAGUUUUAGUCUACAAUGUAAAAAGAAAGCAGCUUAUGUGUUGUGAGAAAUUGUUAAAUUUUGUACUUCUUUUUGGUCCGUACCUGUAACUUUUUGACUAGUACGGGGACAAACAUAUUAUAUACCAUGAAGAUGUAAUUAUAUAAUUGAGAAGAUAAAAAGGCACUAUUUUUUAA